AUGCAUAACGAGCUGCUCGUCAUCCCGAAUAAAGCGGAUACCUUGACGCCAAGGAAAUGGAAGUCGGAGCCCGAAGAUCUUGAUACUACGAUGGAAUCUGGUUACAAUAUUGCCAAGCGCGCGAUCACGCCGGAAUUGGAUUGUUUUGAGGAUUCCGAUACCUCUACCGGCUACUCCUCUCGCCAAUCCACCUCCACGAGCUCGUACGGCCUCUCGGGGAUCAAGCUUGGGUCGACAUCGGAAUUGAACGCCACCGGAGAUCCAAAUGAUUAUCCAGAAGCUCUCCGCUCCUCCCAAUGGGCCCUCGAAUCGCCGGUUUUUGCCAAUUGCACCCGCAACGCCAAGAAAUCUACCUGCUAUUUUUGCAAGGGCCACAUCAAGCGCGACAAACAUGGUCAAAUGCCGCUCGAAAGUUACAUAGCCCACAUUCUUCGACGACACGGCCACCUGGAUGCCGCACAGGAAUUUAUUCGAGUUUUUCAGACUGAACUCUCGAUCCAUUUGGAGUGGCCGUUCAAGCUGAAAUUUGGAGACGGACUGUUAACGUGUAGAAAAUGUGAUGUUCAAUACCCUGCGUUGCAAGACCUGAAAAUCAGGCAUCCGUGUAACCGAUAUGAAGAUGGGAAAGAACGACGACGCAAGGAAAUUAGAGACGAAAGACCGCUUUGCCCGAUUGGCUGUGGAAAGAGGAUUUCAACCUCGUUCCGAAGAAGCUGCGUUGAAUAUUACCAAAUUCGGCACCUAGUGCGAGCUCAUCAUUUCGACAAAAGGGCCUUCGAGAAGGCGGUCGAGUUGUCGAAAACGAAGACGUUCCAACGGGAUAUGCCCCAUCUAUCCGUCGAAAAGUCGUUCGCCUCCUAUAUCGACGCGAAGCGCCCGUUCGCGUGCAGCGCAUGUUAUGUGACGUUUAAAUACGAGGAGGAGCUCCGCUUUCACUUCCGCCGCCAGCAUACUGACGCUUUCUACCGACGCCGUGUCUACAACGACUCGAAAUACGAGGGCGCCUUCGAUUUUUACAAUAAGCAGAAGCCAGUGCCGGUGGAAAAGGCCCCGGCCUCCCCAACGAACGUGCGCGACGUUUUCGAGUGGCUCGGCCAGGGCCCCAUCCUCAAGCAGCUGCACUCGCCAAAGGUGGAAUACAAGAAAAAGCUGCUGACCCGCGGCGGUGGCAUGUUACGCGACCGGACGGCCGCCUUUGACAUGGAGUGCGACCCGGCGGAGGAGGUCGAAAAAAUGCUGCCCGAAAUAUCGGAGCUGGAGCCGAUCGACGUCUCGCAUCUUCCGAGGAUUUCAACCGGCGCGAAAUGUCCAGAAUGCCCAUUCGUCGGUUUGGAUGGAGAGCACACACGCGUCCAUUACGCCAGGGAGCACAAGCAGGACAACGCGCUUACAAAUGGCGUCCCAUGGUUCAGCAUCUGCGGCGAGUGCGAGAAGCCGUUCUCGGAUUUUGACAGUCUGCGAACGCACGUUGCCGACGCCCACGCAGCUGAUGAGGAGUGCUACAAGUGUCCGACGUGCUGCGUCUCGUUCCAGAAGGCCGGCCAUUUCCAGAAUCACAUGGCCAGAUACCACCCGGCACUUGCUGAGCUCAUGAAA